AUGUAUGAGUCCACGACCACCGUUCUCUCUCUGCACCGCCUGAGCCGACAAAGUCUCCGGAGUCUGCAAAAACGAUACGAAUCCGACGAGGAGGAUGUAUCCGAGUCCGAUGCAGGCGGACAUGAUUUCGUCCCCUCUCUAGUGGGUUCUCAGCGAGCCGCGGGGGCUUUUGAUUCCGACUUGAGUGCCGACGAAAACUCGCAUAUGGAUCCGGAUUCGGACCGGGACGAGCAGCUGUUGGCGCCCUAUCGCGGGGCGAAAAGACAGCGGCCGGUGUCUAUGGACACGGUUAAGCGGAGCAGUGAUGCCACCUUUGAUGGAGAUGCCUAUGUCUUUGACCCCGAGCAGGAAAUGGUUCUGGAACUUCCCUCGCCAGAUAGUCCCGACCCUCUGGCAUCCAGUCUCUUCUUGCAGCCCACCAUAUACGUUGCUCCGAAUGGCCCACCGAGCCAAAGUGCCAGGUCUCGUUCAUCGUCACCGUCCUCGAUCUUUUCAGUGGAGCAUGCGGAGAUCCAUGUUGCGAAGAAGAUCACAUUGAUGGAGCCGCCGACUCGGCCAGCAUUGGUCUUCAUUAAUUCCCUGAGUACCCGAUCGAAGGUUGCUCGAUCUCGACCAAGUCGUUCUCGAACACGGGGGAAUACUCGUGACCGGGACUCACGCAUCUUCGACGGAAGAUUCGAAAAUGGCGUUGAAGUACCGCCGCUGACCGAACGCAAGCCCUCAGCGUUAAAGGACCAGGACAGUGACAAGUCGGUUGUGGAUGAAGAGUCCUCCAGAACGACGCCGGCUACAUCGCCGACGAGCGAGGAUACGCCUCGAAUCACCCACCGGGCUACUAUCAAUCGUGUCUCUGAGAUCCCUGUGCUCCCAUAUUUCCCUCCGUCCCCACAAAUGCGGCCGCAGUCAAUGUACCGUGCCCGUCCACGCACAUCGGGCUCGGAGAAGCCCUUCCCAGGGCUUGCAAGCGCACGCUCUCGACGACCAACCGAUCCAGCCCGGCGUCCAGCUUCUAUUCGCACCAACAGUAACAGCAGUGUCCCGUCUUCUCUUUCACGACCCACUUCACCCCUCCUAGCCGACGACCCGCGUCUGGGAUAUAUUCCAGACUACCAGGGCGAAGUGGGUUCCUCCCUCUCGCGCACUUGCAGCCCGGCAUCGUCAGCCUCGUCUCCACCCAUUCCACACCCAUCUACUAAGCGCAGCCACACAGGGACCGGCUACAGCAUGUCGAACAUUCUGGCACAGCGCUCUCCCAUGAUGCGCCGCAUGACUCGCAAACACUCUGCCUCCUCUAGUAUCCACUCCAUGAGCAGCCUGCGCUCCGAGAUGGAUACUGUCCCACUUCCAGCCGCGGCCAGCCAGAGCUCCCUGAACAUGAUCAAUCAUGACUCCCACGUGGUGCGCAAGCCGAGCCAGCGUCGUCACGCACGGCAUAAUAGCUCUGUACCGACUGGGCGGGGGUUCAUGGGGCUGAAACUGGGAAAGAAGGCAUUUACCAAGGCUUAG